AUGCUUACCCCCAUCCGGGUUCGCGGCCGCAGGAAAACGAAAAGCAAUGGCCGAGUCCUCAAGCGCGUCCCCAGUGGGCGAAAAGGCGGUCGACCCUUGAUGUCCCGUAAAACUAGAUGGACCUCCUCGCAGUCCAAGUUCGAGAAGAGAGCGCGUGUACUGCUGGCCAAGCCCACCGAGUCUUCUUCUCGAAAGUUGUCAAACCUGGAAAGGCUUCCUGUCGAACUGCUCGAGAAGAUCUUUCUGUAUUCUUUGGAUGUCAAUCUUCCCCGUUCUUCGCUUUCUCUCGCGGUUGCGGUUUCGAGCGAAAGAGUCUAUCGGGCUUUAAUACUGUUGUCGUUCUGGAAUGACCUUCCAUCUGAGGAGAACCGAGACUCUAGAGGGGCGAUUUCGAGAAUUCUCAGACCGUUGGAUUAUCACCCUCUACACGAUGAGGAGCGCGGGAGCCUACAGAAUAUGGUCCUGCGCUGCAAAUGGUUCACAGUGCACCGCUUGUUGAACCAACUGCCAGACUUGAUCAACCUGACCAUCCAACGACACUGGAACAAUGCCGGAUUCAGAAUGGAAAAUGUCCAGCAGGAGGCUCUGGAGCGAUUUCUGACACGGCAAAAAUAUACCCGUACCUUUCAAGGAUUCGACAAGGAUAAUAAACCCUGUACACUAUCCAUUGAUCCAUUGGUAUCAAUCACCAUCACCCGUCAAGAACUGGACCAGCAAGAAACACAUCGCAUCUUAAACGUCAAAUAUUUCCCUGACAAGCUUCUCAGAGGCGAAGAGGGCUUCGACGAUGACCUUCUCGCAUACAUCGAAACAUUCCGAAUCGCCAGCGGGUUCAACCGUUCCGACCACUUGGAGACAAACGUCACACUCUCCCGGGAAGCCCUACAGCAGGGAAUCCACAUGGCACUUAUAGAGAACAAUGUCAAAGCCCUAGAAAGUCUCCUCAAGAUAGACGAAUACGUUUUCCGCAGCCAGCAUUCACCCUCCGACAACUCACCCCCCUACACCCUACCGGCCGAGCACUUCCGCACAGCCGUCCGAGUGGCACGGAAUCGUCCAGAGUUUCUCCAGCUUCUCCUUCGGACAAGUGCGGAGUCUCUUCCUGCCGAUGACUCGGAGGUUACAGAAUGGGCCAUGUAUCUUAAUAAUGCAUUUGGUCGCUGGCUCUUGGACCUCAUGUUACAUUUACCACCACAAAUCGAAGCGGCGCGUGCCAAUCCGCGCGAGGCCGCUAUGUUCUAUCUCGGCAGGGCCAAUGGGCAGGUCGAGAUGGCAAGGCGCUAUUUGAAUGAUGUUCUGAACGUGGAGGAACUUCCAAGUUGGAUGGAGGAGACUUCUUUUGAUGUUUCAAGUCGAUGGAGUGAUUGUAAGAUGACAUGA